GGGAGAGGAAGAUGGGCAAUCCCAAGAGCAUCAACGAGGUGGGCUUGGAUGACCUGGUGGAGGCGGGCCUGUCCAGGGAAGCCGCCGCUGAGCUCGAGCGGAAGCUCCGGGAGUCGGUGGCCCGAGCCUGGCAGUCCAGGAUGCCGUCGCCGGGGCUUGAGCUCGACCCGAGGGAGGUGUGGAGAGAGCUGGCGAGCGCCAAGGCGUUGAAGCCGUCGCACCCGCACCGGGUGCAUCAGCUGGUGUACUACUCGGUGUACUCCGGUUGGGACGCCUCCGCUCGGGGCCCUCCUCUCUACUGGUUCCCUUCUCUGUCCCAAUCAAAACAAACAAACUUGGGACGCCUCAUGGAAUCGCAUGGCAGAAAGCUUCUGGGGUCAUCAUACAAGGAUCCCAUAACGAGCUUUAGCCUUUUUCAGAAAUUCUCCGUGGAGCAUCCUGAUGUCUACUGGUCGAUAGCUCUUAAUGAACUCUCACUUUCAUUUCAUUGUCCCCCAAGCUGCAUUCUCGACACCAGUGACAAAUCAAAGCCCCGGGGUACGUGGCUUCCGGGGGCGGUAUUCAAUAUAGCUGAAUGCUGUUUAUUGCCCUCACAGCAACAGAGGAGAGGGGAUGACAGCAUAGCCUUAGUAUGGAGAGAUGAAGGCUAUGAUCACAUGAAUGUUAACCGUAUGACACUAAAAGAGCUUCGAGAACAAGUAAUGUUGGUGGCAAAUGCUCUGGACGCGACAUUCUCAAAGGGAGACACGAUUGCAAUCGACAUGCCAAUGACGGUCCAUGCUGUUAUCAUAUAUUUGGCAAUAGUACUUGGCGGAUUUGUUGUUGUAUCAAUAGCUGACAGUUUCGCACCCAAGGAAAUUGCAAGCCGUCUGCACAUUUCAAGGCAAAAGGAAUCUUUACUCAGGAUUUUAUACAAAGAGGAGGCCGGAAGUUUCCAUUGUAUAGUCGAGUUGUGGAAGCUAAUCCAGUGAAAGCGAUCGUGCUUCCUGUGGCUGGAGAUAGCGUGGACGUGAAGUUGAGAGAGCAAGACAUGUCAUGGAAAGCUUUUUCUUUC